GCUGGCCGACCACUCAUUGAGUUAUUAUUAUUAUUAUUAAACUGUGUGGUUAUAUUAUUAUAUUAUCUGCACUGAUGUUGUGACUCGUUUAAAUCGUCUCCGAGCCGAUUACACUUUUGUUUACCCGAUUUACAUAACACUCAGGUGUUUACGUUUGUACGGUAUACUAAUUUAGCGCACAUAUAAUUUAUUAUACAUAUGAUAUUGAUAUUACUGACGUAUUAUCCGUUUUAAUUUGCCAACUGAGAAAAUGGUGAAACACAUUUUAAUGUGACAUGGGCAGACGCAGACCGGACUGGUGGUUGGAACAGCAACAUCAACAGCAGCAACGGGACUUACUGGAGGACGGUUGUCCUAGGAACGCAGCCAAUGCGAGGGAGAGGGCUCGAAUGCGUGUGCUGAGCAAGGCAUUCGGCCGACUCAAGACUACACUGCCGUGGGUGCCGGCCGACACCAAACUGUCCAAGUUGGACACGCUUAGGUUGGCCACCACAUACAUAGCACACCUGAGCUCGUUGUUGACGACUACCGAGCGGUCGGACGUCACGGACCAGGGAGAGACCGCGACCCAGGUUGCGGUCACGUCCACGCAACCACUAAACUACGCCAUGACAUGGCCGUACAACGUACACAACACUGCGAAAGAAUGUUCAUCGGCUGACGAUGAUGACUACAGAUACGACUGUUACAAUGAUACAUUGGAAGAAAAAUCGUAUUCAACUUACGACAGUACUUACUACAAGUCGUCGAUCAACUCGUGAAUAUUUGUCAUUCGUGUAUAUUAAUUUAUUCAAUAUAGACCUAGGUACUUAAAAACAAAAUAAUUUAUAUUAUCAUGAUUAUUUACUAUGGACAUAUGUGCACAUGUAAAAUAUUUUUUCUAUUCGUAUUAUAUAUUUUAUCGAUUGACGAUUAAUUUAUGGAUUUACACGUAAUUUAAAAUAAACUGUACAAUGAUUUUAAUAAAAACUAUAAAAACAAUA